UAUUUUCUCUUUUUAUUUAACAUAGGCUUAGGUCAGAGUGAUAACUUUCAGGAAACUUGCCGCUGAGCCGAUCUCAGUGACGGGUACAUGCUAAUAGCAUAAAUCUAACAAAAGCCCUUUGAAAUAUCCAAAAAGAGGAAAAACAAAUGGAUGAGCAAAGAAUUCUCGAGGCAGAGAGAUACCAGAUGGAGCAGAUUCGAGAGCUUGAAUUUGAGGAAUUACAGGUCGAGGAAAUGGAUGAAGGCAACUCAUCGGACGAUGACCGCAACGCCGUUGGUGCUGCAGCUGCUUCAUCUGAUGAAUAUACUUUUAACACCUUCCUGGCUCCGUUACACACAUAUCUUGGUGAGGUUGAAGAUACUUACCGUAGGUUGGCUUUCUUAGAUGGUGGUGCCAUAUUAACUCUUCCACUGUUCUAUCUUGAAGGGGUUGUUCUUUUCCCAGGGGCCAUCCUUCCUCUUAGAGUUGUUCAACACAAUUUUAUAUCCGCUGUUGAGAGGGCAUUGACACAAGUUGAUGCUCCUUACACUAUAGGCGUGGUUCAUGCGUACAGAGAUCGUGAUAGGGGACAAUUAAGGUUUGCAACUAUAGGGACAACUGCAGAGAUUCGACAGUACCGGCGGCUAGAGGAUGGGUCACUGAAUGUAGUUACUCGUGGCCAGCAGCGCAUUCGCAUAAGACGUCAUUGGACUGAUGUGGAAGGACCUUGUGGGGAGGUUCAAGUUAUCCAGGAAGAUCUGCCAUUAAGGGCGCCACAGGAUGCAUUUGGAAAAUUGGCACCAUUAUGUAAUUUUAAUGGCCAUAAUGUCUCACACAGAAUGCAUUCAAAAGUCUCAUUGCAUGGACAUGGGGAUGGUGACAAUGAUUCAGAAGCAAACUCAGAGGAAAGCUUUGAGACUGAGCUUUCAUCGGCUGAAAAGAGAAUCCAUCAAUCUGCAGUCAGUUCAUGUUGUGGCUAUGAUAAGAUGGAUGAAUCAACAAGCAGCAGUGAUGACAAGAUUGAUUCAGAAAUAAAAUAUUCAAGAUCUCACAUAAUCGAUUCUGGCUGUAGUUCCACACCAGGGGAGAAAUCUCACAAAGGGGAAGGUUCCAGAAGGCGCAGCAAAAAUGCUGGCUUAAACAAAUUUCGUAGGGUUCCAAGAGCAUUCUGGCCCUACUGGGUAUACCGUAUGUAUGACUCCUAUUGCCUUGCUGGAAGGGCUGCAGACAUGUGGAAACAGAUAGUUGGGACCCCAAGCAUGGAUGGUCUUGUGAAAAGACCUGAUCUUUUAUCCUUUUACAUUGCUAGUAAAAUACCUGUGUCUGAAUCCACAAGGCAGGAGCUUUUGGAGAUUGAUGGCAUUUCACAUCGCCUGCAACGGGAAAUUGAUUUACUAAAAAGUUUUGAUCUUAUUCGGUGUAAACAUUGUCAAAUUGUGAUUGCCAGGCGGAGUGAUAUGUUGGUGAUGUCUAGUGAAGGUCCCCUUGGAGCUUAUGUUAACCCACAUGGUUCUGUGCAUGAGAUAAUGACUUUCUAUAAAGUAAAUGGCUUAGCACUUGAUGGGGAAGCAGUUACAGAAUACAGCUGGUUUCCUGGGUAUGCAUGGACAAUAGCAGACUGCGCCAACUGUGAGUUCCAUAUGGGGUGGCUUUUCACUGCUACAAAAAAGCAGUUGAAGCCUCAAUCUUUUUGGGCAAUCCGGAGUGCCCAGGUUGCUGAUGAUAAACACUAAGUUCAGAAUCAGUAUUUUCCGAUUGUGGCUCGGAAAUCUGGUUGUGGCCAUGUAAUGAGCUUACCCUGUAUAUACUAGUCUUUUUUGUCCCAUCUUGGAAAAAAAUAAUCUAAACUUUUCCUGUGAUAUCUUUCUUUGGCAAGUCACAAGUUAAGUUUCCUAGAAAAUUCAAAGCUUUAGUAUGCUAUAAAAUGUCUGGUUUGGAACAGUAA